AUGUUUAGCUACUUCGCGGACUCUCCGGAGUACCUCAAGCGCAAGGAGACUCCCUUCUCCCCCUCCAACAUCACCAUCGCUGAGUUGCGUGCAGCUUUGCCCAAGGAUGUUUUCCGCAGGUCGACGGCAGCCGGGUUAUACUACUACGCACGCGACAUUCUCUCCAUCUACAUCGCCUACCGUCUUGGCGCCGCUAUCGAUCCCUUCUCGGAUCGUAUGAUUGCGUCGUGGGGUUUGGAGGGUGUCUACGCUUUCGCUCUUCGUUGGUCCCUUUGGGCUACCUACUGGCACUGGCAGGGCGUCAUCUGGGGUGGAUUCUGGCAAUUGGCUCACGAGGCUGGUCACGGCACUCUUUCGGACUACAGCUUCGUCAACAGCUUCAUCGGUUUCCCUGCUCACUCGUUCUUACUCACUCCCUACUUUGCUUGGCGCGCUAGCCACCGUCUUCACCACAAGAAGGCCAACUGCAUUGAGGACGAUGAGAACUGGUGCCCAGAGACCCGCAAAGAUCUCGGCCUUCCCCCGCCUGAGAAGGCCAAGGCCGUUGACUAUGCCGACAUCCUCGAGGAAACCCCAAUCUACACUCUUUACCGUAUGUUCUGCACUCAGGUCUUCGGUCUCCACAUCUACUUCUUCAACAACACAUCUGGUCAGCCAACACGCCCUGCGGGCACCAGCCACUUCCUUCCUUCUUCGCCUCUUUUCAAACCUGAAGAGCGCAAUGCCAUCCUUUUGUCUGACCUCGGCAUCAUCAUCAUGCUCGGCGCCCUCACCAAGUUCACCAUGGCCUUUGGUUUCGCCGCCUUGGUCAAGUUGUACGUGAUUCCUUGGAUCCUCUGCAACCACUGGGUCGUCGCCGUCACCCAUCUUCACCACUCCGACCCCACUAUCCCCAUGUUCCGCCGCAAGGAGUGGAACUACGUUCGUGGUGCCCUUUCGACUGUCGACCGCCCAGUCCUAGGAUGGGCUGGCAAGUUCUUCCUCAAGAACGUGUCGCACAACCAUGUCACCCACCACCUCUUCUCCACCAUUCCUUUCUACAAUCAGCCCAAGGCCACUGAGGCCAUCAAGCCAUUGAUUAAGGAGCACUACAACACUGACUCGACGAACACUCUGCGUGCUCUGUACCGCACAUUCGCUGAGUGCCGCUUUAUUGAAGAUGAGGGUGACAUCAUCUUCUACCGCAACAAGCGGGGCGAGACUGCCCGUGCUCUUAAGACCGAGAAGGUCGAGUAA